AUGCUUGCCAAAUUACGCGCCACGAACAUACAUGUUGUCCGGCAAGUCGCCAACAUGCCAAGCAAGGAGGCUGACCGCUGCGUCAAGGCCGACAAUCCGGACGCGGCGGUCGACGCGUGGCGCGUGAGCAACGCGGCCGAGACUCGCGACACGGCGGAGGCCGCGUCGAUGACAUCGGAGGGCGUGAAAGACCCCGCGCCGGCCGCGCCGGCCGAGACUGACCCGAGUUUGGAGGAUCAGCCCGCGCCGGCGGAGCUGCAGUUCUCCGCGGCGGAGGAGGACGACGGCGCGCAGUCCGUCGACCACGACGCAACGCCCAAGCUCGACGACGCGGCAUCUGUGAGCUCGCAUGGCGAGGCGGAUGACGGCGCGCUCGCGGCGGCGCAGGGCGGCCUGGGGCGCCGCGGACCUCGUCCGGGUCGGAAGGCGCCUCUGCUGAUGAUUUGGACGCGGCCCCCGAAGACAGCGACGAGGCCGCCGCGUCGACGACAUCGUCAAUAGAUAGGGACGUUGCUCCAGCCGUCACCGUACAGGCGACGACGCCGGCGGCGCCGCGGCAUGUGCGCCCGGCGCGCCAGCGCCAACGCGCAAUUGCACCAGGUCUCACGCCGGUAGCGAGCGUAGCCGCGGCGGCAUUGGAUAUGUCGACCCCUCCCCUGAGGGUCCUCGCAGACGACAUGCGACGCGAAGGGCGCGACGUGACGGUGUUCAGUCUCGCCAAUGCGUUUGCGAACACGUUGCUUGACGAAGACGAGGUCGAAGACGAAGACUCGUCUCCGUAG